UAACUCAGCAAUGUGGCUUGUUGCGAGCUCACAUGAUGUAAAUAAAUGAAGACAGCAACAUAUCGCUAAACGGCUAACUGUUAGACUAAAUAAGUAUGGAAAAUGUGGAAAACGGCCCUUCAGCCGAGACAGACAAGAACAGUAGUUCUCGAUGUAGUUUUUUCACUGCAGAUCCGAGUGAUUAUCGAUGUGAUGUGAUUCUUGCAGUAAAAAGAUCCACUGGUGCAUUUUCUCUGGUUGCAUGCCUUUUCAUGUUAUUUGUGAUAUGGCUUCUGCGACGAUACAACUCAUUGGGUCAGAAAAUGAUAGCCAGUCUAACCAUAGCAGCAUUCUUUGACAGUGUUGCAUAUGUCAUGGGAGAGUCUCAUCCCGAGGGCUCUCUGUGUGAUUUCCAAGCUUGGUGGUUAACAUAUUUUGACUGGAGUGCUCUUGCCUGGGUUUGUCUCAUUACUCUGAAUCUUUACCUGAACCUGGUCAGGGAGUACAGAACUGAACAUUAUGAGAUACCGUACCAUAUUGUAGCAUGGGGGAUCCCUCUUGUUAUGUCCAUUCUCCCCUUGAUGAAAGGAUACUAUGGUCCAGCUGGAGCCUGGUGCUGGAUCACAGAUGACCAUGUGGCCUGGAGAUUUGGCAUAUGGUACAUCCCGCUCUUCACCCUCAUCUUCCUUAUGAUUUGCUGUUAUACACGAAUCAUUUGUGUGACCAAUAAGAGGAUGCAGUCCUGGUUUGGCACCUUUAACCCAGAGAGGGAGAGGAGGAAGAUGUCUCUAGUUGAGGAAAUCCGAAAUCUGAAAUGGUAUCCCUCAGUAUAUCUGUUGGUCUCAAUUUUCCCACUUUUAAAUCGGAUUCAUAAUGCUUUGUAUCCUGAGGAACCUGUGUUCUCCCUCACACUCCUGCAUGUGCUCAGUGCUCCACUGCACGGCCUGGCAAAUGCGUUUGUUUUUAGCAAGGACACCUGGAGUCAGCUCAGCAAUACGGGAAUAAAACUGGCCCUUCAGUCUCGACUGUGUGACAGCACCAGAAUCGGCGAGUAUCACCCAGCCAAUGUGAGAUACACAGUUGCGCUCGAGUCAGAGUCCGAUGAUGAUGAUAACAACGUCCUCUUCUACAGCCCUGACAUGAGCUUGAAGGACAGAGGACCCUGAUUGUGUGUGUGUUUGAGUGAGAAUGUGUGUUUGAGUGAGAAUGUGUGUGAGAGUGUGUGUGUGUGAGAGUGUGUGUGUGUGAGAGUGUGUGUGAGAG